AUGCAAGAACUUUCUAGGAGAGAUAAUAAUAAUAAUAUGUAUCAAUAAAAUAAUCAGGCUCAGUACCAGUAAUAUAGAGAGCCACUUCACAAUUAAGACCAUCAUUACUAAAGAAAGCAUUCUUAUUCUUCUUCAGAUAGCUCUCAUCAUCACUUCCACGAGGGGAUGUCAGAUGAAGACAGAAUAGGAUUCAUCAGAAAAGUAUACGGUAUCUUGUCAGCCUAACUUUCUCUCACCGCUUUCAUGUGUUUGAUUCCAUAUCUAAGUGAUUCCGUUAGAGCUAUCAUGGUUUCCUAAUUCUGGUUGGUGAUACUUUCAAUGGUUAUGGCUAUUGUGCUCGUUUGUACUUUGUUCUGCGUCCCGUCUCUUGCCAGGAAAGUGCCUACCAACUACUAUCUAAUGUUUGCGUUCACUAUAUGUGAAUCCUAUUCAAUUGCAUUCGUGUGCGCUGCUGUUAAUGAUGCAAAGACAGUUCUUGCUGCAGCUGCCAUUACUGCUGCUAUUGUUGUUUCACUCACUAUUUACGCCCUGACAACAAAGAAAGAUUUCACAGUCAUGGGUGGAAUGAUCUUUGUAUUUUCUGCUUGUCUACUAAUGUUUGGAGUAUUCACCAUGUUUUGGGGGUACUACGCCAGAGUUGUCUAUUGCUGCCUUGGCCUUAUUCUAUUUGGAUUGUACUUGAUAAUCGAUACCUAAAUGAUUUGUGGUGGAAAGAGAUAUUCAGUCAGUAAGGAAGAUUAUAUUUAUGGAGCAAUUAUUCUUUACCUUGACAUUCUGAACAUAUUCCUCUUUGUACUUCAAUUACUUUCAAGCAAAAAUGACUGA